AUGACAUAUUUAAUAGAGUCGGAUUAUAUUGGUGAAGUUGCGCUUAGCAACUUAAAGUAUUAUAAAUAUUCAGCCAUUGACAAAUCGCCAAUUUCAAAUUAUAUUUUAAAACCAUAUUGGAAUUGGGCAAUAGAACUAUUCCCGCUAUGGAUGGCACCUAAUUUAAUUACACUAUGUGGAUUAGGAUUUGUUUUUAUAAAUAUGCUGUGUGUUAUUUUUUGGAUUCCUGAUCUUGUUGGUCCUGGACCUACUUGGUUAUAUUGGAGCUUCCCAGUUGGAUUGUGGCUUUAUUCAACUUUUGAUAACGUGGAUGGUAAACAAGCUAGAAGAACGGGAACUUCGUCACCACUCGGAGAAUUGUUUGAUCAUGGAUGUGAUGCAUUGAAUUGUUCUUUGGAAUCUAUAGUUCUGGCAGCAUCAUUUGGUUUAGGACAUUCCGGAUAUGCUGCUUAUUUUCUACUUUCACUAACAGUUCCGUUCUACAUGUCUACAUGGGAAGAAUAUCACACUGGUACUUUAUAUUUAGGUUAUUUCAAUGGUCCAACUGAAGGCAUUAUAAUUGCUUGUAUUGCUAUAUGCGUAUCUGCAAUUGUUGGACCACAAUUGUGGAUGAAAGAAUUACAUGAUAUAUUUGGUGAACUUGUGCCAUCUUUCAUACCGGCUAGCACUAAACUAAUGGAUUUGAUGAUUAUUGCAAUAACCAUAACAGUAUUUAUUAUCCAUAUUCCCGCAUGCUUGUAUAAUGUAUAUGUAGCAUGUAAAGCUAAGGAUAAAUCUUUUUUGGCAACACUUCCUCAAUUAUUUGCAAUAGUAUUGUAUUCAUUCUGUGGAUAUUUAUGGCUUUCAUCACCAAAUUCAUACAUUUUGAAAAAUCAACAUUUCAUUCUUUUUACUCUAACAGUCGGGAUUGUGUUUGGACGUGUUGCAACCAAGAUCAUUUUGGCUCACGUAACUAAAAUGCCAUUUCCCAUGUACACCGUUCUUCUAAUACCUUUAUUUUUAGGUGCCGUCCUUACCAAUUUUCCUCGUUUCUUUGGAACUAAAGAGAUUUUAUCAGAAACUGCUGAAUAUGUAUAUCUAUGGGCAUACUUCGCUUUUGCCACGAUCGCCUAUUUUCAUUGGGCUUUCCUUGUGAUUGAUAGAUUCUGUGCUCAUCUAAAGAUUCAGUGUCUUCGAAUUCCUUAUAGAACAAAAGAUGAUGAAGAUGAUGAGCGUCAACCUCUACUAUCCUAG